AUUCGACACGGACUUCUCUCGUCGUUACCCCACGCCGUAAACAGAGCCAGGUCCAGACUGCAGUUCAGCUAUCCACCAUUCUCAGUGCCUGGAGAACUAUCUUGGAAUCGAUAUCACGCUCUUGGUACCUGAUAUAACUUUUGGAUCACCUCACAAAAUUUAGAUAUCAACAAAUUGCUUCAAGAUGCGCGUCAAGGAUGCCCCACGGGCGCCCGCAUGCUUCCCAGCGGUCGACACGUAUUGUGGCUUUCUGUCCCUCCCCACAGAACUGCGUUGUCACAUCUACGACUACCUCCUCGCCGAGCCUCACGCGAUCACAAUUUCUGCUGGCUACACCACUAUCUUCGGUCACCGCAUACGCGACAAAGCGCGUAAAGUCGACGUGCCGGGCCUCCCACUCGACCUCGCGCCUAUUGUGCGCAGCAAUCAUGAUGCCGCGCUCCUCUCUGUUGCUACACCGCCUGAAGUCGCCCUCGACAAGGAAGACGCGUGGACUGGCGGCAAGCCGCAACUGCAAUUGCCAGGCCCACUGGCCUUGCUGAGGACGUGUCGUAUGGUCAACGACGAGCUGAAGGACUACAUGCGCGGUAGGAAAGCGCGUAAAGCCGCACGUUCAAAAGAGACACCCACCGCCGCGGAUGACACCGAAGGCUUGUCUCUCUAUGUAUCCUACCCACAUGGCGUCCUGGUGCUGAACCACCUCUACCCGUCUCUCCUCAAGCAGGCGCGUCGCGUCUACAUCUCCGGAUACUACACGAGCGCCAAAGAGUCAGACCUACCUGUCAAUGCCUCCCUCGACUCGAACGCAGACCUGAGCCUCACACCACAAUCCUCGUUCGCAGCAACGCCCGUACGCUCAAUGUACCACGCAACAGCGAACCCCACACCGUGUCUGCGUUCCAGUCGAACACGACUGCGUCUCGACCCUCCACCACAGCGACAGGCACCGCCUACAAAAUCACCAACCACAUUCCCCGCCUUCGACAAGUCCACAUCUUCCGCCGCCCUCGCAGCCCUGGAAGACACACUACGUGUCCUCUUCUCAUCCACACCCGCACCCACCCCUUCCGCACCACCCCAGCUCAUCUCCCUACAAGCCCGCAUUCUCUACCCCGGCGCCGAGUCCUACUCCGGCGUGUGGAGCGACGAAUCAAGCCCCGUCAGCCAUCUACUUCGCGGUAUAUGCGGUGGCAAGAUCGACAUGCAGGUCAAGCGCGGGAGCUUGGGGUGCGGCGUUACUGUGGGUGUGGCGCCGCAGCCGGAGAAGAGGGUUGUGAGUACGAGUUGGGAGAAUUGGCGGGUGAUCGAGCAGGCGCCUGUGGGGCUGAACGGGCGGAGGAUGACCGGGAGGGGACGGGAGGUGCGAUUGAGUGACCUAGACCAGUUCUUGACUGAGGUCUAGAAGAUACAGGAAAGGUGGCCCCGUUGGUAGGUGGGAUUGGUACGAUAUGAGGGAGUGGUUUGGGUAGGAUACUUGGGUACCAUGCAUCGGUGCCAUGCUUGGAUACGAUAUGGGAUACGAUGUUGCAUUAUGAUGGCUACAAUGGAAGGCAUGAGACUGCUGGCAGUCAGGACAUCAUUAUGAGGGCUACGCGCUCCAAAGGCUGUUGGUAAGCAGUCAAGGUAGUAUUUCUAUGUCUCGAUAUCAAUGCAAAACUACUGA